CCCCCCCUCCCCCCCACGCUGGAGUCGCGUCUCUAGUGAGACUGAACCAGCAGCGUGGGUUCAAGUAAGCCUGACUGCCGAUGAGAUACUGAAAUCAAAACCGGGCCAGAGUUUAGAGCUUGUAUUAAACUAAUGUUGAGAUGAACUCCCAGGAGAAAUAAGGUCAUGUUUUAUGGGAAGGGACAGACGUGUGAGGAUAACGCGUUUUGUCUUCUGUUUUUCCACAGCGAGGCGAGUGAUGCGUUAUCUACGCUGUGUGCGAGCGAGUCGUUAGUGGCAUCAGAUUAGACACAAGAACGUGUGCCGCCACAUUCGCACGUGUGCACAGUUGUGUAUUUAUAGCUGAGUUGUCAUACUCAUUAAUAUGCGAUUUGUUUUUUACCGAGGGAGACGUGGGCAUUGCAUGGGGCUGCUGCGCUCCUUUGCUGAAGGCGGAAUGGCAAAACACCACCACGGACUCGCUCCCUUUGAAGCCUUCUCGUCGUGGUCCUCCACGUUGGCAUUUAGCUCCUGUACCUACUCCUGUUGCUAUCAUACUCAAAAAUAGAACAAUGGAAGGAUACAGUGUGUUUAAAAAUAAUCCUGUGUUACACUACGCCUGUUAAAACAUCCAUUGAUUUAAAUAUUUAACUGAUUAUAAAAAUUCAGUAUAGAAAAAAAAAUACCGUACGAGAGGUGAGAACGUGAUACUUAGCGAUGCCAACAAUGGCAGAGCCUCACCAUGUGCGUUUUUCUCAUUUUGUUUUGUCGUCCUUUAGCCUAAACGUAAAAUUACCAUAUCACAAUUUUGCAUUCAACUGGCACGUAUCAUAUGUAAUGAUAAUUACAAAUAAUUGUAACAAAGGAGUGCAUAAUUAAAAUUCCGUCCAUGUAAUGUAUCUGAUGACAUUUAUUGAUGUCACCUCGUGAAACUGGGGGCGAUUACCGCUCAAUGGAGGUGGCUUAGCGGUAGAGUGAUCAGAAGGUUGAGAGUUCAACUUGCUGGGGGUUGACUUGGCCCAUCACCCCCCUGGAAUCGAUCAAAUUAGAACCACUUCGUCCUUGUCCUUUGGAUAGACUCACCCCAGCAAUCGCAAUUGGAAAUUUCCACCACUGGCUCGGGGCAGGACCUGAGCACCGCUGCAAGGGUUAUUUGAGCAGUCAAAUCGCUAGACUUGAAUAUUGAGCGGAGCCGGUCUUGUUAGCAGUGACAUCAGCAGUGGGGAGUAAGAGAUUUGUCGAUGAGGACAUUUCCAAUCAGGUCGAACUGCGGUGACCUUUGUGCUGUCUCUCCGAUAGCCCCUGCUCUUCGGGGCUAUUUUGUGGCAUGAUCGUGAAAUGCAAGGCACGGCCUGCCAUGCUGUUCCACACCCGCCAUACCACGGGGCAGAAUAAGCUCCUCGCAGCGACGAUGCAUUACGUCAGCCUGGCGACUCGCUGGCGGGUUUGUUCACUUACUCGCGACUGGGGGAGUGCACGUGGUGUGGUGGCGUGUGGGGGGUAACGUACGCGCGUGUGGGCACAGGGUGCUGGGUUUAGCGGUUUGAUUCCCGCCUAUGACCAACCCUCGGUUACGAAUAUCCGAAUAGGUCCUAGGCCUCUCCUAGGUCGACUCGGCCUUAAACGAGCAUCUGGUGCGAUGUGUAAACAUCAGAACUGGGGAGAGACGAAGGCUGUCGGGUGUGGUGCUGGCCAUUCGUCCUCGCGUUCACUUCUGGGCUGCACAGGUGCUCGCUAACAGCACUUGCGCCAACAGCCUGUUAAGGCUAUAUGGGGGAACGUUAUCUCUGUAAUGUGGGAGACUGCCAGGUUUUCAGUGCAUGUGUCAUUGUAUAAUUGUGUACUAUACAUAAAUGCACAUUUUUACAAAGUGCAAAAUGCAUCGUAAAAAAACCAUUGGAUUUCUGAUAUACUUUGUAAUAUUUUGUGUGCGAGUCUAAUGUAUUAAAAAGUUUGAAAUGUCAAUCGGCGACAAGGUUGGUGGCGCUGUGGUCACGCUCCUGCCUCGCAGCAAGAAGCCCCUGGGUUCGAUUCCCUGACUUGGGCGCCUUUCUUCUGUGUGGAGUUCGUAUUCUCUCCCUCUGUUCUCCGGUUUCCUCCCAUAGCUAAAAUAAAACAUACCUGGUGUGAGCAAACAUCCCAAUGCUUAAACAAUACCUGCAAAUGACUCAUUGGGGAUGACAUGCAGCAGCAUCGCCCCUCCUAUAAAACGAACGAGUUGAGACUCGGGGACACGUUCCUGAGUCAACAGGCGCAGUAGAGAACACAUGUCAUCUUGCAGGAUUACUCUCUCCAUGGUGAACAUGGCGAAGGUGAUGUACACGGGAGUGUCGCAGAUCCGCGCCAUGUGGGAGAGCCGCAUCAGCAAGCAGAAAGUCCGACAGCAGCGGGAGCAGGAGCGCAAGGCCAGGAGCGCCAUUGAGAGAUUACGGGCAGAGUGGCAUACGCACGUGGAUAUCGCGGCGGUGAAGAAGAAAGUGACGCGGGACGAGAGCCACGUGGCGCUCCGUGUGGAGGGGGAGGACUGGAGGGCUCUGCCUCAGUCCUUGCAGGACAUGGUCGACCUCAACGAGCUCCGCGUCCUCAACAGCCGCCUCCACGUUCUUCCGCGUUUCGUGGCGAACUUCCAAAGGCUGCAAACCCUGGAUCUGUCCAAAAACUGCCUUCAGGAGCUUCCCAAAGAAAUAGGCCUCCUGAAAGGGCUGCAGCAGCUCCUGCUGAGCUACAACCAGCUGCGCCGCAUCCCCGAGGAGCUGGGGGACUGCGAGAGCCUGGAGAGGCUCGACCUCUCCUCCAACAACUCCCUGGAGGAGCUGCCCUACCAGCUGAGCUCUCUGAAGAAGCUGGUGCUGCUCGAUCUGUCGGUGAACAAGUUUUCGUCCGUGCCGAUCGCCGUGUUACGCAUGAGUGGUCUCCAGUGGCUGGACAUGAGCAAGAACCGGCUGCAUGAACUGCCCCAGGACAUUGACAGGCUCGAGCGAGUGGAGACCAUGCUGCUGCAUCACAACAGCAUCCGCUACCUGCCCCUGGCGCUCAGCGACAUGGGUGAGCUGCGCACGCUCGUGGUGAGCGCCGACCAUCUGGUGCAGGUGCCCACGGUGCUCUACAAGCUGCCCCACCUCAAGAUCCUGGACAUGAGGGAGAACCGGCUGCAGGAGAUGAGGACCACGAAGCAGACAUCCCCCCCACCGCUCAACAAGCGGCUGCAGGUCGUCGACGCAGAGCAAGAGGACAUGGGGAAGGAGUUCAUGACGUCGUACUUCCAGGACCUGCAGAAGAGAGGUAUGUGUCCUGGGCCCGCACGUUGCCUUUGUUACGGCAAAACGACGACGGAGGGUGCCGCACCACAACUUGGAUUUAAAUUUCUUUACCCGUGUUAUGCAAUACAUUUCCACAUCUGUCCCUCCGUGUUAAAAAAUGUCUUUUACACAUCGCAUCAGCCACCCAGACUUAUGGGAGUGCAUAAUUUUAGCAGUAUUAGAUUCAACACAAGCAAACUCAGGACCGGUUUUGAGUCUCACCAGCAGCCAGCCUUGCUGAAACUGUGGAAUGUUCGUAGGCAAGGACCCUCUCUGAAAGAGUUGGGUUCUAGUUCAAUCAAACCAAUAAAACAACCAUGUGCUUGUUUCUUAAAUUAUGCACCACUAGGCCAUGUGGUUGAGUGGAUGUGUAAACAAUACUUUUAUUUUUUGUGGAAAGGCUGAUGAUGCAAAUUAUUAGCUUGUGUGUUAUGUUGGCCAAUGUAACAUAGUUAAUGACAGCCAUUGAAUGCAUAUUUAAUACUCCAUGUCCAUAGUAACCUUAUGCUGUGCAUUGUGCGAACUGUAAAGGGGAUACUUGUUACAAGGCAUCUUGCCAGCAUGGAAGAGUAGGCCAAAUACCCUCGAGUAGAUGCCCGUCUGCCAAGUGGUGUGAGCGAUGGAGGCUAGUUUCAUUCUUGGUGUUGGAACUUCCCCUUUAGCACUGCCACCUGAAUCAUGUCCGCAGGGCCAACGUAAUGCAGAUGUAGUAAUUAUGCUGAAACGAAGUGGCUGAUGCAGUGUUGUCCUGUAAGUGUUCAUUAACUUCGAUGGCAGCAUUGACCUCUCUCUCUCUCCGUUGUGGCUUUUAGAGACGAGCCCAGAAUACACCACCGUGGUCUCCCUGAGUCUGCAGCUCGGCUAACGUCAGCACUGGGCCAGCGGCUGCGUCACACGUUCAGUAUUGCAUUCAGCCUCAAGUGCCUACGCCCCUUCCCUCCGUUGAUGGGCGCACUCAAUCUGACUGCUUACACCACAACAUGGACAAUGAAAGUAUUCACAUUUUGUAGUGCCACCUUAGAAUAAAAGCUCAUUGAUUCCGUGAAGACAAAGCUGCUGAGAAUGACGUAGAGGGGUAAUGAUCCGUUGCUUCACAAGCACCCGUCAAACAGCGCUUGUAAGUAGCAAUUUGUUUUAUUCCAUGUUGUAUGUGCUGGGUUUGUGCAAACACUGGUCAUUACAUUCACCACAAUGUAACAAUACAUAUUAUUUGGGUCUUUCAGUAAAGUCACGUAGAUGGUUGAAAGAAAAUAAGAAAAAACUAUGCCGUUUCAAUCACAACACAAGUGACCAUCAUAAGGAGGAGAAAAAAAGCAUCGUUAUUUUCUUUCAGCCUAUGUAAGUGACUUUACCAAAAGACCCAAAGAACAUUAACUCCUGCAGUCAUGAAAGCUUUAAGUCAAGAUGUACAAUACAUGUUGACUUGUGACUGAAGCACAACGCAUUGCAGAUUCACAAAUUCAAGUGGAAGGGCCCCGGGCUGUGCUCUGCCCAGCCCAAGGAAGCACUUUUUAAAUUAACGUCGACUAAUGGUGGAUAAGCUGCAACGUCUUCAUGAAUCCCAUGCACAAGGACUUGGCUUCGGUUUCCAACUGCCCCACGAGAUGCUGGUGCUUUUGAGCAGGAACUAGGCCACAGUUGCAGACACUUUACAUGGCCUUCAAAUUUGUUUUUGUAGGUGACACAGAAGAAAAGGCUGUUUUUACAAGUAGUAAUAAUGUAGUGUAACAUAUCAGAUGUGAGCUGCUCUGGUGUCAAAAUGGUGAUAGUGUUUGGUCUAACACAACAUAUCCUGCUAGCGAGUGUGCAUUAAUAAUGUAGACACCAUGUGACUUUUGCAGUAAACACCAAUUGCAUUUGACUAUGUAGAACUGUAACGGAUACCUUUGCAUUGUAUGCUGUAUGUUAAAUAAAACAGUUUUUAUACUUA